UGGGGAUGUUUUUUCCUUUCCUUGGAAACAAAUUCCAAUUUGUUCAGUUUCGAAACAAAUUUCAAUGUUUUUAGUAGAGAGAACAGUGAGUCUACGCAUGAACUGAGUCUACGAAGAGUUUAUCAAACUGGAGUCUACGUAAACUAUCAUCCUUGAGUGUACGUACUCUUGAGUGCCACCACUUUGGUUCAUCAUCGAUCUUUAUGAGUGUUUGGCUUUGGCACAGCUCAAAAUUAAACACCAACAUUCAUCAUCUUAUCUAGGAGAGAGAGAGACAUUAGUGUAGUUAGUGCAAAGGUGAUAUCAAUCUUGGAUGGCGUCGAUCACUGCCCCCAACUCUCUCCAAAUUCGAUUAGCUUUCAGUCCCUCCAAUUCCACCAAAUUCCCAAUCCUUCUUCACUCGCGCUUCCCUCACUUCGAUCGUCGUCGGAUUCGCCUUUUCUGCGUCGCAAACAACGAAAAUGGGUCGGACAACGUUCUCAUUCGGGUUGGGUCGGAUGGAUCGCCCAAUUCGGAGGUUAAGAAGAACAAAUCAAAUAAUGGGGGAGUUGUGGGAGUGGGAGUGGCUGGAAUUCUUCUUCUUUCAGGGCUUGCUUUUGCUGCCUUGUUUGUCAGCAGACGAAACAGUGCCAGACAAAUGAAGCCUCUGACUACACAUCAGGAACAGGAAGUGCUUUUGUCUUCUGAUGAUUGUAAUGACAAAAUAGAGCAAGUAAAUUCUGGAACAAUGGAGGAGCAAGGAAAUGGUAAUGUGGAAGGUCGGAUAGAUGUAUCCAGGGAUUGUUCAUCUACUGAGUAUGAUAAGAUUCCCAAUUCCCAUAGGAUCAUUGAUGAUUCCAAUGCAGGAUCUCAGUUGGUAUACGAUAUUCAUAACAAGGACAAUGAUUCUGAUGCCAUGAAGCACAUAUCUGUUCAAGAAGAAUUACAGAUUGAAUCAGCUGCUGAUGAGGAGUCAGUUCUCCCUGAGGGUGCAAUGGUGCUUAAUGGUUCAGAAUCUGAAAAUCCUGUUGAUUCUUUUGAUAGCAGCACUGCUGUAGAUUCACAAAACUCUAUUACUGAACUUAAGGAGAACCCAUCCUUUGUUGAACCAAAAAAAGUGUCCAACUUUGAUGCUGAACCCCUACCUGUUAUAAGUGAGGAGCAGGAUGAAAUUACUGAUUCAAGUGGCAAUAGAAGUUCUGGUAUUGUAGCCGAUAAUGAAACUGUACUUGUCAAUAUUGCUGUUAGUACUCAGUCAAAUAAAACAACUUCAUUUCCUGCGGUUAUUCCUGAAGAUUGGGAAGAGAGUGCUCAAUCAGUUUCAACCAAAGAAAAUCUUGACCUGAACAACAUGCCACAGGUCUUACACCAGUCAUCCUUGGCAGAGCAGAGCUUUUCAGAAAAUGACCUGUUUACAAAAUCAUUUGUUUCAUCAAUCGAUGCAUUUUUAGACGAGCAGGUUAAAAAUGAUAAUAAUGAGGUUGAUAUAUGUAGAUCUGAAACUUCAAACUUUGGUGCUUUUUACUCUGCUCCUGGUAUUCCUGCCCCAUCAGCAGUUUCUUCAGUUGUACAGGUGCUUCCUGGAAAGGUUUUGGUUCCUGCUGCUGUCGAUCAAGUUCAGGGACAAGCAUUAGCUGCUUUGCAAACUCUAAAGGUCAUUGAACCUGAUGUUCAGCCCAGUGAUUUAUGCACACGCCGUGAGUAUGCUCGAUGGUUAGUGUCUGCUAGUAGUGCUCUAUCAAGGAAAACUAUCUCAAAGGUAUAUCCUGCCAUGUUCGUAGACAGUGUUACUGAGCUUGCAUUUGAUGAUAUCACCCCUGAGGACCCUGAUUUUUCUUUCAUUCAAGGCCUGGCAGAAGCUGGACUUAUCGAAAGCAGGCUUUCAAGAUGUUAUGAUAGACCGUUGUCCACAAAUGAAGACUAUGGCCCAUUUUACUUCUCCCCUGAAAGCCCUUUAUCACGUCAGGAUCUUGUUACUUGGAAGAUUGACCUAGAGAAAAGACAGCUUCCAGAAGCAGAUAGAAAGAUGCUGUGCCAACUUUCUGGUUUUAUAGACACUGAUAAGAUACACUCUGAUGCAUGCCCUGAACUUGUAGCUGAUGUAUCUGCUGGGGAGCAUGGAAUAAUAGCUCUUGCAUUUGGUUAUACACGGUUAUUCCAGCCACAUAAACCAGUUACAAAGGCCCAAGCAGCCAUAGCCCUUGCUGCUGGAGAUGCUUUUGACAUAGUUAAUGAAGAGCUUGCAUGCUUUGAGUCAGAAUCUAUGGAUGAAAAUGCUGUUGCUUCUCAUAGUGCCUUAGUAGCUCAAGUUGAGAAGGAUAUCAAUGCAAGUUUGGAACAGAAGCUUUCCAUAGAGAGAGAAAAGAUCAAUGCUGUUGAAAGAAUGGCUGAAGAGGCAAGAUGCGAGUUAGAAAGGUUGAGGGCUGAGAGAGAAGAGGAGAGAAUUUCCUUGAUAGAGGAACGAGCUGCUAUUGAAUCAGAAAGGAAUGUUUUUUCUAGGUUAAAGCAUGAGGUGGAAGAUCAACUACAAAACCUUAUUAGUGACAAGGUAGAAAUAGCUUAUGAAAAAGACAGGAUUAGUAAGCUUCGGGAGCUAGCAGAAGUUCAAAACAAGGAAAUUACACAAUUACAGUAUGAGCUAGAGGUUGAACGAAAAGCCUUGUCAAUGGCCAGGGCAUGGGCAGAGGAUGAGGCCAAACGAGUAAGCGAACAUACAUUGGCCUUGGAGAGGGCUAGAGAUAGUUGGGAGAGGAAUGAAAGCAAAGCGGCAGUUGAUGACUUCCAUGAGGACCUUGCUGGAGUUACAUUGCUCAAUACUGAGGAGCAGUUAUCGGUUCAAGACACGGUUGACAGGGCUGAAAACCUACUGGACAAGCUAAAAAAAAUGGCAGUAGAGGUGGGAGGAAGAGCCAGAGAUAUGAUUGACAAGAUUAUCCACAUAAUUUCCCAAUUUGUAUCAAGAUUGAGAGAAUGGGCAUGCAAAACUGGAAAACAAGCUGAAGAAUUGAAACAAUCUGCCAUCUCAAAGGCAGGCAAGUCAGCUCAUGAGGUGCAGCAAAGUGCUCUUGAAUUUGGAUUUACUAUCAAAGAAGAGGCAAAGCGAGUUGCAGGUGAUUGUAGAGAAGGAGUUGAGAAGCUCACUCAAAAGUUCAAGCCCUGAUCUCCAUUUUUUUGUGCGUUGCCUUGUUCAGCGAAUUUUGGAAUGUAUGAUGUAAAUCAAAUCAAUUUUUGUAUAAUUUGUGGAGGUGGACUAACAACCAGUUGUAAUUUAACUUCAAUCUUUAUGGGUCGAUCAUAUUUGUUGUUCAUCUCCUUUAUGUUAAGAAAUAAACCCAGGGAACAAUUGAAGACUGCCUUGAAGCU